AUGCUGCUGCUGAUAUCACUGCUGCUUAUGGGACUCGACUGCUUGCUGGGAGCCCCGGCAGGUCGAGAGGUCUACAGGAUGCCCCAGAGUGCACUGAAAGCUCUGUCUGAUCGUGGCACCGUGGUUCUCGAGGCGGCCAUGACCAGUGCCCUGUCCACUCUCGAGCGUGCAUCAUCUGAGAGAAGUCGGGCUGAAGCAGGCUGCCGGGGCUGUGUUCCCUGUUUGUUUCAGGACUGUGGACAGCUGUCUGGGUCCUGUUCGUCUCCUUCCAAUGCCUUAUCAGAGCCCAGCUGUGAUGUCAUCAGUAAGGCGCAGAAGCUUCAAGAUGAAGCUGAGCGGAGUUGGGCUCUGAGCCAGGCUUGUGCGUACUAUCAGCAUCGCUGCCCACCUGGUGAACUGGACAAAGAGAGCUGCAUCAGGAUCAUGGGAGAGAGUUGCAGUGCCCGUGUCCUCCAGUGCAGCCUGCUUAACACAAUGCAGAACCUGGAACCUGCUACACAGACGCAUGCAGAGGCAGCAGUGUGUGGUCAGAGGUCGUCCACAGUGCAAAACAUCACACAGCCUCGCUCGCGGAUCGUGGGCGGCUCGCCUGCUCCUCCAGGCAGUUGGCCCUGGCUGGUCAACCUCCAGCUAGAUGGUGGCCUGAUGUGCGGAGGGGUGCUGGUGGACAGCUCCUGGGUGGUCACUGCAGCUCAUUGUUUUGCCGGCAGCCGAAGUGAGAGCUACUGGACCGCAGUGGUGGGGGAGUUCGACAUCACGAAGACUGACCCUGAUGAGCAGGUUCUCAAAGUGAACCGCAUCAUCCCUCAUCCUAAGUUCAAUCCAAAGACUUUUAACAACGACAUAGCCCUGGUGGAGCUGACAUCCCCAGUCGUCCUGUCUGGCCGCGUCACUCCGGUGUGUCUCCCCUCUGGCAUGGAGCCCCCUACUGGCAGUCCAUGUCUGGUGGCAGGCUGGGGCUCGCUCUACGAAGAUGGCCCAUCUGCUGACGUGGUGAUGGAGGCCAAGGUGCCCCUGCUGCCUCAGAGUACCUGUAAGAGCGCCCUCGGCAAAGAACUGGUCACCAAUACAAUGUUGUGCGCUGGCUAUCUCUCCGGAGGCAUAGACUCCUGUCAGGGAGAUUCUGGAGGCCCUCUGAUCUACCAGGAUCGAAUUUCAGGUCGGUUCCAGCUCUACGGCAUUACCUCCUGGGGAGACGGCUGCGGGGAGAAGGGCAAGCCUGGAGUCUACACGCGGGUGUCAGCUUUCUCUGACUGGAUUCAGGCUGAGAUACAGAAGUCAUUUGGUAGCAGGGAGCCAACAUGCCAGGAGCUUCUGAAGACAACAGAAAUGACGGAGGAGGAACAGCGGUCGGAGUUCAGCUCCCUCUGUCGCUUCUAUACCCUGACCUGCCCCCCCGGUCAGUCUGCCAACUCCUGCAGCCGAAUGGCCGAGGACAAGUGCCUCACCCGCUUUAAGAAAUGUCAGUUGCGUUCGUUCAUACAAACCCUGUUGGACUUGCUCCAGAGGGCCGAGGACUACAUCCGGGACAAAGUCGACUUGACCUUCUUCACCCAGACUCUGCCUCAGCUGGUGGAGCACAUCUACAGCACAGCUUUCACUCACACCAGAGAGAGGAGGGACCUGAGCCUGAGACACGGUCUCACACAGAUUAAAGAACAGCUAGGUGGAGCUGUGGUGCCAACAAACCAGGGUCCUUCUCCAGUUCCUCCAUCCUUAUUCAGAGAGGUGGGACCAUCAGUGGAUGACUGGGAGAGAUACCUGAGAAACAUGGCUGAGGAUCUGGACAAACAACACACAGACACCUCCACGCCAACAAGACAGGAGGACAACCUCUUUUUACAGACAGAGGACUCCUCAGUACAUCAGCUGGAGGGAGAAUUUCAAUCUGUUAUCUCAGAUCUGCGCUCCAAAUUGGAAUCCAGAGCUGCUCCUCCCAUCCUGCACAUGGACACAGUCUACCUCCAGGAGGAGUCUCCCAACAGUCCCCCUUUAACUGCUUCUUCCACUGGAGCACCCUCCUCCUCCUCAUCCCAGGAGCCUUGGUCCCUUCUAACAGCCCUGAUGAAUGAAAUUCAGAAAAUAAAGACACAAGAUGAAAUUGUGACAGAAGAUGCGUCACAAAGUGAAACCUCGUCAGAUAGAGACACUUCUCCUGACACGAAAUGGAGCGCCGCGUCCGAGGAUUUUACUUUUGUUGAGAAUGGAGAUAUAACAGAAUUAAAAUCUUCAGCGUUACCGCUUCCAGUGCAGUCAACAUCUGUGUUUCAGCUGGUCACUGAAGGUGCUGCUCGCACAGAUACGACCGCUGACCCCAGACAAGCUGUGCAUGCUGUAAAGACUUUAAGUCUUCACAGAAAAUACAGGAGUCUUCUUCGCAAGAGGCAGAUACCUGGAGCGAGUGGGAAAGUUUGUCCUGGAGUUAAAGAGUCCUCACAGCAAGUCAGCCAGGUCAGAGACUCUUACAGCUGGGUCUUAAGCAUCCCAAGCAAGAACCUACGCAUGAACUUCCAAGAGGUGUUAGUUGAUCUAAGCUCCAAGAAUGAUCGAGGACUUUACCAGGCGAGAGUCAGAGCAGUAGUGGGAGGACGACCUUUGACCUUCUACAGUCUUGUGGGCCUAGAGAAUGAGUCCUUUUACCGCAGUGUGCCAAGGAUCAUCGCUUUAGCACUGGACGCACUCAAGACUUAAUGAUGAUGGUGAUGAUGAUGAUGAUGAUGAUGGCACAAAGACUCUCAAAGACACUUGUUUGCACCAGAAAAGCCUCGUCAUGGGACAGAGACGCACAUAAAACGCACACUCACUCAAACUUUACUUCUUCUGCCAUCUCCUGUGAAAAGCAUUAUUUAGUUUUCCCUAUCUCAGAGCCUGACUUUGGCUCUAAAUGAAAACACAACCAUGAAUGUAUCGAUCCAACUAUCGCCCACUCAUCAUGCCACAGGACUUUUUUUAUAUGGUUGGAGAUGCAGCCUUGUCUAACUUAUAAAUCUGUACAAAAUCAUAAGUUAUUCAUAUUGUCUUUUGCAAAGGUUGAGCCUCUUGUGAAGAACACAGACUGUAUAUAUUAUUCGUAUUCUUACCUGAUUCUUACCAUAUUUAUUUGUAUAGAGAAAAGCAUUUGUAUUUUUGUAAAAAAAAAUCUAUCUAUAA